GUACAUGAACUAGGCACACCAUGGAAUCAUGCACCUGGCCCGAAUAACACCUUAGUUGUGAGGAUUAGCAGAUUAUUGAUGGAUGAAACUAAUGUAGAAACACUACUACAACAGAAUAAUAGGCUGUUCAGGAAAAAGUUCAUCGGUUCAGUGGAUAGUAAUGGCGAAACUUACCUGCAGGACCGUUCCGAUGUUAUAAAAUAUAAUGAUAGCUCUGACGCACGAUCUAGGAACAGUAGUCCCCGCGCCAGUUCAAGGAAGAAGUCGAACAGUACGAUGGAUCGUGGUAACAUCGACAAAUCCAACGAAUCCUUAAAUUUGAAUAAUUUUGAUGUGGAUCAAGGCAAUGAAAAGUUUGGUGGAUCUACGCAUUUUGGCAGCACAGAGAGUCUGCUUGAAAGGCGAAGUGAUCAUGGUAACGACGUUGAUCAGGACGUUAGCGCGUCCAUGCUCUUUGACAGCAGGGAUAGUAUAUUCCAGAAAGGAGCCGAUGAUAUUUUUAAUAACAAAGAGAAACUUCAUAAAUCUGCAAAUUAUGACAGCAUGGAGACCAUUCUUGAAGAACGGGAUGACGAUGAUGUUAGCGAUGACACAAAGAUUGCUGCGUCCACGCAUUUUGGCAGCAUGGACAGUAUAUUCCAAGAAGGAGCCCGUGUUGGUGAUGACUAUUAUCAGGGAGAAACUGACAAAAUCGACGAACCAUCAAAAUAUCGUAACAAGCAUAAAAAAUUUUCCAUUACAACAGGAAUGGAUAUUGAUGAUGAAGUUAACAGUUAUGUAGAUGGAGAACGACAGCGGAAUAAAUUUACCGGCAGUCGAAAUGGAGAUUCCCUUGAAACCAUCCAGUUAGGUGAAACGUUUGGAGCAGCGGAUUCUAUGAUUGGGUUAGAGAAGUUGUCACCAUACUUACAAAGUAAGGCACAAGGUCGAAGAAUAAAGAAGAAGCGCAGAGGACUUUUUAGUGCGCUGAUACAUACUGAAGCUACCAAAAAAAACUCGUCCGUGCGGUAUCCGUUUUCUCCUCUCUGCCGUGGAUUUCCAUUCCCCAUCCUGCCGACUGCUGGGGCUCUAGUCUGA